AACUGUCGUUCAUGUUGUCAAAGUAGAAAUCUGUAAAAUAGAACUGUCAAAGUGCCGAAAUUUGUUUUUUUGAGGAAAUUAAAGUAUUCUUAGGCUGGUGAGAAGCACUUUGGUCAUAUUUUAUUACUUAGUGACAUUGUCGUGGUAGAUGAGUCAUCACAAAUUAUUUUUGCACAUUUUAAGAAAAUAAAAACAGUUGGAUUGUUUGACAGUAGUUACCUUAUAUAGGCGUUAUUUGGUAUUGUGAGGCUUGGACAUUACGUUGAAAAUGACAAUGGAAGUUGAAGUUGAGGAAGUAGAAACUGUGGAAGUGGAUGCGAUUAAAAUAAUCGAUUUUUUAACAAGCAAGGAAUCGAUUUGUUUUAAAAGCCAGCAAAGAGGCGAAGACGAUUUAACCAAGCAACAAAAAUCAGAUAUCGCGUUGGAACUUUACUAUAAAAGCAAAUUAAAUUUUCUCGUACGGUUUGGAAAGCACCUAGAGAAAAAUCAUCUCGAUUUUUUUCAAAAGUUUACUAAAAAUUGCGCCGAAUCGGCCGAAAUUAGUAUAGUUCUCAAGGAGUUCCUUUCUUCUGUGACGAAAAGUCAACAAACAAAUGUGAAAAAUCGAAGAUAUGAAGCUUUGAAGGAGUUGAUUCGUGAAGAUUCGUAUUUUUCUGAGAUUGAGAUGAUGAAACGCAAUCCUUUGCUUUACGAGCAAUUGGUUGGCCAAUAUUUGACAGAAGAUGAAAAAGCUGAACGCGAUAAAAUCAACAUUGAUGAAGAAGCGACCCUUGUUAAAGUUUUAAUUGAAGGGAUUGAGCGUGACGACGCGCAGGUUAAAAGAAAGAAACAGGAAGAAUUUGAAGAUGGUAUGAAGGAGGAAGAGGAAGGAAGUAGCGAUUCGGGGGAUUCCUCGGGAACAUCAAAGCAAACGUAUUCACAGUGGGGUGAAUUUAGUGAUGAACCAAUUGUCAGAUCGAUAAAAAGGGUGAAGAAAAAGCAUAUAACGCCACAAGAACAACUAUUGUUGAAAGAGGAGUUUAUUUCGACGAUGUAUUUGGAUUUUUUGAAUGGAAAAGAUGAGGAUUUCGAUUAUUCGGCCGUUGAUAAUAAUGAUAAAUACGAUAGUACGGAAACGAAGGAAAACGAUGAGGAAGAUAAGUAUUUCGAUUCGGAAGAGCCUGAGAACGUGAAUGAAGCUGGUCAAGAAGAGUCCGAGGACGAAUUGGACAUUUUUAUGAGUGCUUUAAAUCAGAAUCCCGCUGUUUCUCAAUUAUCUAAAGACAUUCAAAAGUUAUAGAGUUUCAGUAAUGUUCAGUGAAACUUGGUAUCAAUGCUAGCAAUCAGGUUAAUGGGUAAUUAGAGUAAGAAGCAGCCGCGAAUAGUUUGUACAUAUUUAGGGAACAAUUAAACAACGUUUCUUAACGUACGUUAUUCCGGGAGGAAGGACAGUGAAACGUCGGCCCAUAAACGAAAAAACGUGCCCUGUAAUAAAUAAUAAAAGAAAGUGCUUUAAUAUCGUCGAAAAAUGGUUAGAGACAUUUUACUUUCGUAAACUCGCAUGUGUCAUACAUACAUAAUUUUCUUUUUCAUUAAGAAAUGUAAAUUAGAAUCUUGUCUGAUGUUAAUGAGUAAACAAGCGAUAAAAUAUUCAGCGGGGGUCAAACAAAGAAUGUCGGAAGCGAACAGUGGACACUGUCCAAAGAGAAAGUGGGCAAAAGCUUCGUCAAAUUUAAACCAAGUACUCCCGAUAAAGACUACGAUUAGGUAGUAUUUGGCUGGUAAUUGGGUCAGCUCCUGCACGGAGCCUCCGCGGAUAAUCCUCCGGACUCAAUUCCGGUUUUCCGGUGUGAAAAGCACCGCUCGUUGCAGACACUCCAAAUUACAUCAGCUGGUUUCACAAUGAAGAGUCUUUGGAAGUGAAUGAGUUUGUUAGGGAGGAGGGCAUCAGGUCUAGAGAAAAUAAAGAAAAGUGGGAGGGAGGGGGUCAUGUCGGUAAUUCUCUGGUCUUGUGUGAUCAGUCUUCACAUAGAGUGUUUACGAACAACACACAAUCUAAUAAUUAACAAUAGUGUUCGAACUCUAGUUUAAACUAACAUGUGCUCUACCCUCAGCUUCGGGUGAAUCGCCUAAUUCAUGGACAAGGAGCAACCAAAACACUGAGGUAUUUUUUAAUCGCUCAAAGCCAAACUAUUGUCUAUAAUUAUCGGUCGUAAAAUGCAAUUUUCGCAAUUUAAUCGUCUGUAAAAAUUUCUUUAAACAAAUUGAAGUCAAAAGUUCAAAUAUGCAUUAAUUGUAUUUUAAUUACGAACUUGCAUGACAAACAUUUUACCCCACUUCCUCCACAGUUGCUUCAAUUUUUUUCAACGAAAUCUAACUACGAAAAAAUACCGUUCUAAUUAAAUCGAGACGUAUCACUUUAAUUGACCCAAAUGAAUUAUUUCAAAGUGUUAACUCAGAUAAAACUAAUUAAAUCUUAAUUUAUUGUAAGUAGUUUAAAUUGAUACACUCUCCCCUACUGUAAAGCUGGUUUUUAUUAAAUAAAACUUUUAUCAUUU